AUUUUAUCAAUGAAAUCAUAAAAAGUACACAAAAAUAAUGGUGUCAGUCGAUUCCAACGGUGACCCUUGAUAAUAGCAUCUAUGCCUAGGAGCGUAAAAUUUAUGGGUUAUCGAAUAACGUGUGCAAAAUGUCUGACAAUAUGUUUAGGCUUAACGUUCUUAGCCGGUUGCUAUUUAGCUAUUUUACCGAUACAAUCCGAGAAAUUGACGUUACCAAAACACGUUAGAUACGAAAUUACUUCGAAAAUACAAGAAAAACAUCGCCUAGCAAUCAUUGUACCGUUCCGCGACCGCUUCGAAGAGCUCCUACACUUCGUUCCGCACAUGUUCAAAUUUUUAAACCGCCAAAAUGUACCAUUUCACAUAUUCGUUAUUCAACAAGCGGACGUUAAUAGAUUUAACCGGGCCUCCUUAAUAAAUGUUGGUUUUCUAUAUACUAAGAAGGACUAUGACUACAUAGUGAUGCACGACGUAGAUUUAUUACCAUUAAAUGAUAAUUUAAAGUAUGAAUAUCCUGCAUUUGGUCCCUUACAUAUAUCAUCACCUGAAACCCAUCCAAAGUAUCACUAUUCAACUUUUAUUGGAGGAAUUUUAAUAGUUAAGAGGGAACACUUUGAAAUGGUUAAAGGAAUGUCUAAUAAUUACUGGGGAUGGGGCCUGGAAGAUGAUGAGUUCUACGUCAGGCUGAAAGAUGCAGAGUUGACUGUGCGGAGACCGGAGAAUAUUACCACAGGCACGGAGAAUACUUUUAAGCACAUCCACGACAAGACCUACCGGCGGCGCGACAUGCGCAAUUGUUAUAACCAGCGCGACGUCACCAGACGUCGUGACCGCGUCACAGGUCUCCAUGACAUUAACUAUAGCAUUCACAGCGUUCACCGUCUAACAAUCGACGAUCUGCCUCUCACAGUGGUGAAUGUAGAGCUUAAGUGCAACAAGACUAUGACACCCUGGUGUCGAUGCCCUGAGCCGCAAUCAAAACCUGCAGCUAAAAAGACCAAGACGUAAUGUGGCCAAGUCAUUUCAAAGGAGUCGAGACACAAUGUGAUUGUAACGUAAUACAGCAGUCGUUGUCUGCUUUAUUCCGAGACUAAUCGCUUUACUUGGCUGACAAUAAUAAUAAUAAAUUAGAUAAUUAAAAUCUAUAUAAUUUGUUAAUUGUAAAAUCACAUAAUAAUGGAUGUUAGUAUAUAGUAUAAAAUAAUAAUGAGUCGGUCCGAGUUUGAGAGCGCUUUGACUCCUCCCAAUCAACUUUAUCCAGUGGUUACAUGUUCGACUAUUACUAAAUUUCAGCGGUCCAAAAUCUAAUAUCCCUGUUAUUUAUAAAUGUCUGUAAUAUUCCCAAAAUUUUAUUCCUUUCCAUCCCAGAUAUAAUUUUACCGCGUACAGUUUCUCUUUUUGCGGCAGUGCAAAUACCUAACCGUGAAGCGCUAAAAAACAAAUAGGAUUCAGUGCCAGUAUUACCAUUUUCCAGCAUUGGAUUUUGACAUUGACUUAACAAUGUGUAAUAUAAAUUAAAUGCGAACACUGACAUUGAUACCCAUUUUCACUGAUUAUUUCAUUGUCAUCCAAAUUGCACGGUUUGCUUGCCAUUAUGUAUUAAAUACAAAUUAGAAUUAUCGACUGCAAACUUCUGUUUAAUUCUCGCGCUUUACACAAUUUUAAGUAAAUAAUUUCAAGACGUGAAACUUACUUGUCAGUCAUGAAUUUUACAGUUACUCGGUUAUUUCACAUGUGACAUCGCCUACUUCACAUGACUCGCUAAUUUUACACCGGAUUUAAAAAAUCUUUUGUUACUAUAAGGGCGCCUUAAAAUCACAAGCACUGCAGCGCCACUGUAGCGCUUCUAUAAGCGUCUAAUUUGAACGCCCUUAUUAUACUACAAUAAUAAUAAUUGAGCAGGUCUCGGUCUGAAAGGUCAGCCUUUUGUUAAAACUGUAUGUACGAAACAAAUAAAUCUUAUUUGAUAAACUUUUAAGACAAAUUCUUAUUCGAGUUAUUACGCAAAGAAGACGUUAACCGUACGUACCGAAACUCCAUUCAAAAAUACAAAGGUAUUUUUAGUCUAACGAUUGCCAUCGAUUGAGUCUUUCCUUGCUCGAACUGGCGAUAAUACGAAACUCAUGCUAUUACUGUUUUAUAUUACUGUAUUUAUAUUGCUAAUAUUUCGACUGAAGUACUGGAAUUUAAAUAAAUAAAAAAAAUAGUGACCAAGUAGUUUGAAAUACUGUACGUAGGUGUCGCUGAUAGUCCUUUAUAUGCAAUAUACCGUUUAUUUUUAUUUAUUACGUAUAACGAUGAUUUCUAUUUUUGUUUUCUUUGCUAUAAAAUUUGUAAAUAAUUUUAUAAAUCGUGAAAUGCCAUUUGUAAAUAAAUAAAUUAUUUAUUAGACAUUUGAGAAGCUCAUAUAAACAUUAAUUACAUUUAGUAAAUGUUUAUGUAGCUAGGUAAUAUUGAAUUGCCAAAGAAUAUUUGACAAAUUGUCAGUUACUCUGGCCACUAGAUUUAUCUUAAAAGUCAUAGUUUAUUUUUGUACCGCUUAAAUCAUAUAACGAGCGUGUACGAGUCUACCAUAACAAUUAAAUAUAAAGGUGAAACGCAAUACUGUGUCUACACUCUAAUGUCUACUGUGUCUACAUGUAUAAUACUGAAUACUAUAUAACAAUACUAAUAUAUAAUACUCUGAUACUCGUAGUACAGGGAAUUC